GCAACGGUGUUUUGGUGUUGCGAUGGAUGGAUAGAUGGAUGGAUGGAUGGAUCCUCCUCCAUGGACGAUACAAGAGCAAGGAUGAAAGGAUGGAUGGGUUGUACGUUAUACCCCGAAUAACGUGUAGUGCGAGUGACUAAGGAGCAAAGUUGGCCGAGGAUAGGUUCCAAGUCCGACGGCGAUCGUCUCUGAUCUCAAAAUUGGAGAGCUUCACCCAACUCACUCAUACAUAGCAUAAGAAUACACACUUACACACACACACACACACACACACACACACACACUUACACACUUACACACGGCAUAUGGGUGAAGGAGGCAACGUACCAAGACACAUAGAGAGAGUGAGAGAGUGAGAGAGAGGAGAUGCAUCGGAAAACUCCUUCCUUUCAACGCCAUGACGAGGGACGAGGGACGAGGAACGAGGGACGAGGACAUGUAAAAGCCGUAGGACGAGGAGGAGAACACCGAGCAACACUCACUCUCUUUCUCUGGGUUGGUGGCUUGCCGAGUUAGUUGCAUGCACACAUUCACAACGCAUGGGAUGUUGUUGGUUCCUUUGGGAUCGCAGUGUCUACGAAACCGGUAAGGAGCUCACAUCAUCGCUCCAAGCCCGGCAACAACUCGUCCUCCUCCGUAUUAUCAUCAUCAUCAUCAUCAUCAUGACGGGAUGAAAGAAAGUGGUGAAAGGACAUUCGAGUAAUAAUAAUAUACCGGGGCAUGCGUAGUACACAUUGCCAGCCAGGAUCACCACCAUGCCAUCCUCCCCCAAAGAGUCGUCGAGACGUGCGAAAAGUCAGAGCUGCCGGAAGUCCGCCACCCCCUCACCUCCUCAAUCAAGGCGGGAUGACCUGCGGGAUGACCUCCGGUCAGUGCCAGCCAACUCGUUUCUCAGCAUGGCGGAUUUCUCCGGGAUUGGGCGAAAUGCGCUUUCGAGUGCCUCACCAACCUCCUCACCUUCCUCACGACCUCUGCUGCCCUACACCGAAGUUCUCUUCCAUCCUGAGCUUCUCCAAAGGGUCAAGAGUCAAUCUGGGUCAAUGAGUUCCAAUCCACUGCUGGAAUUUUGCCUGGAUGGUGGUCAAGUCAAAUGGGACAAAGAGGACAGCCGAGGUGAGCAGGCCGUGUUGGAAGCUGCCCACCCCCGGCAUCCUUUGCUACAUCCCAUCUUGGAAAUUUGUGCCCGCUCCCAGUUCACGUUUCACGAUCUCAAGACGCUGGAGACUCUGGUGCGCGGCGGUUGUCGUGACUUCUCAUCAUCACCCUCCCUUGGCUGUGAUAUCCAUGCUUUGGACCUGGAUGGAAACUCAGCCAUGCACCUCCUCGUCAAAAAUUGUUCGCGAGAAUCGUUUCCAUUUGUUCUCCGAGGUGUAUCAAUCCUGCUGAGAAGGCCCUGUCACGUGGCAGGGUUGGUCAAUUGUCAUGGGAACACGGUUCUCCAUCAGCUUCACAGCCUUUUUGCCAAAGAUAUGUUCCCUCAGGCCUUCGAGAUCCUUCGCGUCCUGCUUGGCUCGAUGCCCGAGGAUCAAUGCCCCGCCUUUAUCAACCUCCUGAACACUGCCAAUCGGUCCAUCUUGUCCCUGGCCGUCGAGCACGGCGAUGCUGCUCGUGAUCUCAUUCGUUUUCUACUCAACUUUGGCGCUCAAGUCUGUCCCAUUCGCGCCGGCGUGUGCCACGGAGACAUCGGACUUCAUCUCACGAAAGAGCGAGAGUGCUCGUCAUUCACGUGGCUCCUCCGCUACCAAAUGCACCACGGCCACCCCGAUCACGUCCUCGUGGGCGAGGAGGCGCUCUCCCUGGUGGGUCACGCCAUGGCCUCGGAACCCACGUGGAUGCGGGACCACGUCCAUCGGGUCAUGAUGAGCUUGGGCCACUCCGCCAACCCGACACUGGGCUCGCUCUUUGCCGCGGUCAAGUCCCGUUUAGAGGCUCUUUGGAACCAGCCUCAAAGUCUCCGUUAUCUCAGCUCACAGCAAGUUCGUCAAAGCCUACGACCAAAGACUCUGUCAGAUCUCCGUGUGUUACAGCACCAUUUCAACCAUGUUCCCGUUGGCAUUCUGCGGCUCCUGCAAAUGGACUGAACACUGAUUCAACAAACCGGUUCAUUAUUCAUUGAUGACCCAACCACCCUACCCACCCAUCCCACUGCCAGCAACAGUGUGGGUGGUGGGUGAUCCGAAGAAAUCGUCACUGCCUCAGCAUUUUACUCCCAAUUGUUACUUUUCGUCAGCGUCAAGGCCAGCCGGCCAAUCAAUCAAUCAAUCAAUCAAUCAGUCAAUCAAUCAUGAUGAUGAUGAUGAUGAUGACGAUGAUGUGAACUAAAUCCCAAACGAAACCAGCCCGAUCCUUCCCUCCCUCCCUCCUUCUUCCCGGUGAUGCGGAAAUCGCGGUCUCUCUCUCACUCUUCCCUUUGAAGCGGCAAUUCUCGAAAUCCGCGCACAUUCGAACCUGGUGAAACAGAUUAUUACGGACAUUAUUUAUAUACUAAGACGACAUCAACCGCAACAACCAAUUACAGAGAUAUCAAUUUCUAUAUUUCGGAAAACAGCCCAGGUUUAUUUUUUAACCUCACUACCUAAUCAUGGUAGAAAAAGCAAAUUAUACGUACCUCAUGCGAAAGCGAGCUCACCUGUUCAUCUGUUCUAUUUAUUAUAAUUAUGAUCAUUAUUAUAACUACUAUUACUAUUAUUAUUAUUAUUACUAUCAUCAGCAUCCUAGUAAUGAUGAUGGUGAAGCCAGACGGGGUCCUCACUUGACUCGGAUCCAACCCAAAGUCCAGACCAUUUCGGAAAUACAAACUCAAUGCUAUGCA